UUAUAUAUAAAAAUUAGGGUUCUCUUUGUUUCUCCCAUACCUAACAGCUUUUAAGAUCGAUCUUGAAAUUAAGCAGCAGCAGCAGCCAUGAGUAGAGGUGGGAGCUAUGGCGGUGGACAAAGUUCAUUGGGGUACUUGUUUGGCUCAGAUGAGCAACAAAGCCCACCUCCGCCAUCUAAGCCGAUAACACCCCCUUACGGCAUCGAUAGCUUGGACACCGUCACUGAAAAGCCUCCAGGUACCCGUAACUCUGCUGAAAAAGAAAAGGCAGCAGUUUCCAAUAACUAUCACAGAGCUGAAGGCCAAAAUUCUGGGAACUUCUUAACUGAUCGUCCAACAACAAAAGUUAAUUCAGUUCCUGGGGGAGAUUCAUCACUUGGGUACUUGUUUGGAGACAAGUGAAAAAAUUCUGAAUUUUUCCCACCUUCUCUACCUAUAUAUAUUUUAAUGGCUA